CGCCGGUUGCCUGGCAACCUGCAGACGCUGUUCAGCCGCAGAGUCUUUCUUGAAAGCUCCCUUCCAGCCUGCCACUUCUGAAGCUGUUUGGAAGAAGGUUCUUGGUGGAAUCGCUCUAGCACAGCGUACUGCGUGAUAUUACAUGAACUUGAAUGGAGUUAGAGGUUAGAGGAGUGACUGCUUCUCCUGGGAGCCAAGCUCAGCUGUUCUCGGGAAGAAGGAAGCCGGUACAACAAGAUUGGACUUCUAGAUCAUGGGCAGUUCAGAAUCCCUGUCCACCUAUGGUCCCACCACUUGAUUUGAGAAGCAUUGUUGGCUCUGAUGAUGAGGAACUGGACAUAGUACCUGAAAAUUUGCCAGCACCAACUGGCCAAUGUAAGCUAAAAUAUGAACAAUAUAAAACUGAAAUGAAAGAAGGAUAUAAACAGUAUAAUCAGAGAAAUGAAGAAAAGACAAAAUCAAUUAUCACACAUCAACAAUCUCCAAGAGACAAGAAAGAUGAACAGGGUACAAGUCCAAGUAUACAAAGUCCAGAAGUCAGCAAGAACGACCUUACAACUCUGGACAGAAAAGCCCUCUUACAGCACGGUUAUGCGUCCAGCCCUUGCCCAGCACAGCUCAGUACAAGGAAAUCAGAUGCAGAAAGUGUGGCUGCGGAGAAGAAGAAACAGACUGUUGCAGAGCAGAUGAUGAUAGACCACUUAUCUAGGGCUGUAAUCAGUGAUCCAGAACAAAAUUUAAACAUUGAGAAACAAGGAAAUGAUCAUAUCCCUCCAGAUUCAAAGAGACCACCUCUUCGACUUAGGAAAAGAACACUCCAUGAAACAAAGAUUAGAACCCACUCUACAUUAACUGAAAAUGUGCUUUCGCAUAAAGUACAAUUUGAUGGUAGGAUCAUAUCAAGAAAUGGACGUGAUGCCUGCAGAGAGCUCUUUGGGUUCUUUUUCACUAAUGAUGGGUCCCUUACAAUAUAUGAAUAUCGACAAUUUGGAAAAAACAGAACAAAUGUGCUUCCAUUUAUUCCAAAAAACGUCUAUCAUCAUCAGUGUGGACGAAGGAAAGGAAAACAAUACCACCUUGGUGACUUUCACAUUGGUGCAACCUUGACAUUUUUGAGCUCUGAUCAUCCAAGUCUUCCACAAAGCAUAAAAAAAAAUACAUUACUUAGAUUUCGAAUCACAAAUGUUGACCAAAUAGCUUUGGAUUCUGUGAAAACUGUAUCCAUGGCACAUGAGGAAGAUAUUCAAGAAGCCAAUGAUAGGCUGGUCUUCAAGGCUAUUCAAGACGCACUAAAAGAAAAACUGCAGAAAAGAGGGGUUCGAAUUUUGACUGGAUUGGAAAAAUUCUUUCAACAGUUGGACAAGGACGGACAUGGACUUUUAAAUAAGACAGAUUUUAAGCAAGCUUUAAAAAUAUUUCAUUUAGAAGUAUCUGAAAAGGAUUUUGAGUCUUCAUGGGUCAUUCUGAAUGGCGAUGGCAAUGGAAAGGACAGAGUUGAUUAUGGAGAAUUCAGACGUGCCCUUCUUGGUGAAAUGAAUGAAUACAGGAAAUCAUUUGUUCGAAAGGCCUUUAUGAAACUAGAUUUCAGCAAAACUGGGAUCGUGCCUAUUACAGACAUAAGGAAAUGUUAUUGUGCAAAGAAGCACCCUCAGGUUAUUUCAGGUCAUUCCUCAGAGGAAGAAAUCAAGUCAUCUUUUCUAGAAACAUUGCAAGCUGCCUGCAGCAAGGCUGAUGAAGUGUCAUAUGGAGAAUUUGAAGAUUACUAUGAAGGUCUCAGUUUAGGGAUAGUAAAGGAUGAAGAUUUUGUCAACAUCUUACGUACUCCUUGGGGAAUUUAGUUUUUAAUAAUGCAGCUCUAGGCAUUUUACAGAGGAGAUGAAUGCUAUGAAAUAUAUGAUCAAACCCUAGAGUAUGUUUUUUCAGAAUUCUCUUUAUUCUCUUUAUUUUUCACAGAAAAGUUGAGUCUGGAAAUGAAAAUAUCUAGAGUGAUAAAUGUAGGUGGGUGUGUACACAUGCUUAGCUGUCUAUAAGUUUGUAAAGAUAUGUAUUUUUGGUUUUUACUUAUUUUGAAUGUAUUUUAAAAAUAAUUUCAAAUUAGAUGAAAGCAUAUAUUAAUCACCUUUAUUAUCCUUUCACUUUUUUUUUCCUGCGGUUCUUCUCUGGAAUUUAUUUGCCACCACUUUCAAUUUGAUCAGUUGGAAUUGGGCUUAAAGCCUAUGAGACUGAAGUAACUCAGCUUGUUUUAAAUAUAUAAAAGUAUUAAAGUAAUUAAAGGAUAUGCAAGAGAAAUUUCCAAAUUUUGUGGUUAUAGAUAUUUUCUGUAACAUUAGCAUGCAUAAUGUAGAUGGUAGAAUGGUAGAUUGGAAUUUACCUCUAUGGUACCAUUUUUUUUUUUUCUUUGUACCAGGAGUCAAACUCAGGAUCUUGCGCUUGCGAGGCAGACACUUGUGCUGCUGAGCGAUACCCCUGGUUUACAGUGCUUUUUAGAACUGACUUGACCUGGAUGUUCUUGUAUUCUAAAUUAUGUACUGUUGUUUGUUCAGUAGAUAUAAUUGUUUUGGAAACCAGUCAUAUAUACAUAUAUUUUUCAGUUUUUAAGUGUAAAACUUAUCUAUACAAUAGAAAUAUCAUUUGACUAGAAAUAAUAUAGAAGAGGAAGUGUUUUAUUAGAUUACUAAAAAAAGCUCAAAAACAAAUUAUUAAAUAUGUUGAUCUAAGAGAAAACUUAGUAUUUCUUAUCUAAAAUAUAAAAGCAUAUUUUGUAUCAUGAAAUGAAUAAGUGGUAUUUGAAAUAUUUUCUCUUCAUAUACUAAGCAAUCAAAACAUUUUCUUCUCAAUAUAUGUUGCUUAAUGGCUUAGAGUAUUACAAUCAUUUUUUCUAAAUUCUGUUACUUCUUCCCAGAAAGAGAAAGAACAUUAUGAAUUGGUUUCCAACUUUGUAAUAUUAAUAUGUAAGUUAACAAAUCAGAAAAAAAUAUGUCGAGAAAAUAUUACUAGUUCAAAAAAAAGAAAAUGUAUUGCCAACUGUGGCUGAGCAUAUCACUUCAUAUACAAUCUAUACUUGGCAGAAACACGGUACAUGUGAACUCAUUAAACAAAUCUUUCCAAGAUUUUCUGAACUAUUAAAAUUUACUCUGAAAUAUCAGCAGGAAACAUGUGCAACCCAGUAGUGUGAUUUUUACUGGCUAAAUUCUUUAUUUCUUGGCCUUUUUUUAAAUUAGGUUAUUGAGACUAAACUGAUAUGCUAGAAGAUGUCUUGACAGAAAUAAAUUUGUAACACUAUUUUUAAGCCACAUUUAAAAAAAUUCAUCCAAGUAUGGACAUCUUUAACUCUAAGUUUUUCUUAGAGUCUGGGUCCUCAAAUAUGUACAAUACUUUUCAAUGGUAAAAUUUUAGUUUUUAUUUACAGACAUUUUUAAUGUUGAAAAUUUCUAUUUUUCUGUAAAUGUAAUCCACAGAUAUGUAAGUUGUCAUAUUGUGAAAAACAGGAGGGUGAGGUACUUUUGAAAUUUAACAUGUUAAUGUGACAGUGAAUUCAAUUUUAAUCUUCACUAUUUUUAUACAAAUAUUCAUGUGAUUACUUGUCAUUUCUCUACUUAUGAAAUGUAAUUAACUUCUUUUAAAUGAGGAUUUAAAAAGCAAAU